AUGGCGCCGCCUCCCAAGAACAUGCCAGUACGCCGCCCACGAGAGGAAGAAGAAGAAGUCAGAUCCAAGAACAUGCCACUGGAGCCACCUAACAUUGAAGCUUACGUUCUGCCAAGGCUAGAGAUGUGCUUUGAAACUUUCAAAGAAGCAAAGGACUUCUACAACGUCUAUGCAAAGCACGCGGUUUUUGCUGUCAGGGAAGGCCCCAAGGUUGAGACCAGAGUCUACCUUUGUUGCACGUGCUAUGGAGUCUAUGAAUUGAAGGUGUCAGAAGCAAAUAGACAGCGGAACAAGAUGACAACCAGGACUAACUACGGGGCUAAAAUGAGGCUGAAGAGGGAAAAGGAUGGAACACUUGUCGUAAAAGAGAUAGUCUGGGAACACAACCACAUGCUACAACUCACCCCCCAAAUGCUUGUCUUCUUGCACUCCCACAAAAACUUUGACAAAACAAUCUUGGAGUACGUCAACAAAGCAAAGAAUUCAAGGAUGGAUGAUGUGGACGAUGUCCUAAAGACUGUCAACUUCUUUAGGGAGAUGAAAGCUAUAAACAGGGAAUUCUUCUGUGACCUGCAACUUGAUGAGUCCGACAGAGUUAAGAACAUAUUCUGGGCAAACACAAGCUGCCGAGGGGCGUAUCAAGACUUCGGUGACUGCGUAACGUUUGACACCACAUAUAAGACCAACAAGUACCGUAUGCCACUUGGGGUGUUUGUGGGUACUAACAACCACUUACAGACUACAUUCUUUGGUUUCACCCUGAUAAGAGAUGAGGAUGCAGAUUGA